AGUUAAAAAAAAAUUCAAAAUGGAGUUAAAAUUUUUAUGUUCUUUAUGUUUAAUGGUAAUGUCAGUAAUGGCCUCCUUGAGUUUGGCAUGCACAAGUCGCAGCACGCCUAAACCUAGACCUACAACGCCACCAGCGUCCACGGAAAUGACUACAACCCUGCGGCCCAAUGUGACAUUUCCCAUAUUGAAUUGCCCGCCGCCGUAUGCGGCCUGGUAUUGCCUUAACGAAGCCACCUGUUUCAAAGUGGAAAUUCACAAUCAAGUUCUAUACAAUUGUGAGUGUGCCAAUGGUUUUAUGGGACCUCGUUGCGAAUACAAAGAAAUUGAUGGCAGCUAUUUGCCAACGAGACAACGUGCCAUGCUCGAAACAGCCGGCAUUGCUAGUGGUGCAACAUUAGCCUUGAUAUGUAUGCUUGUGCUAUGCUUCUCCCUUUACAUAUGCUGCGAGAAGGAGGAGAAACAAAAACUGAACGAAAGUUUGAACAUGGCUCACGACAAUGGCGGCAUGGAUGAGGUUGAUGGUAUAACCAAAAUUCCUGAGAUGAGACCAUUUGGGCCUCAUCACUAUCAAGUUUUACCCUUGUCAUCAGCAUUUAAACGUUAAUUUUUUAUUUUCACCUUCGAUCAAAAAAUCAUAGUUUUUGGAAAUAUUCAGAAUAUUUCUCUAAAACUCUGAACCACGCUGUCAGCUAUUACUAAAUGUUACUAAUGACAUCCUUUUUUUGACGUUUACCUGAUAAAUUUUUAUCCUAAAAGAAAAAAAAAACAAGUUAAACUUUUACCUAACUUGCAAACAAAAAACAUUUGCUACUAAUUUUAAGUAAUAAUUUCAUUUUUAUUGAAGCUAGAAUGCAUUUUCUUAAAUACACUCAAAGAAUUUUGUUUCGCAGAAAGAGCAGAAAAGUAGCUUGUUUAUGUGCUGAGAAAAAAAUGUAAAGCAGGCGUUCUUGCUUAAUUUAUAAACUAAAUUUCAAUUGCAAUAUUUAAAUCUGUGUGCCCAUUAGUAUUUAUUGGUACCAAAGAGUACUUUUAGGUGCCACAAAGUACUUUUUGGUAUCAAAUAGUACUUUUUGGUAUCAAAUAGUACUUUUUGGUAUCAAAUAGUUAUUGUUUGGUGCCACAAAGUACUUUUUGGUACCAAAUAUUACUUUUUGCUAUCAAAUAGCACUUUUUGGUAUCAAAUAGCACUUUUUGGUAUCAAAUAGCACUUUUUGGUGCCACAAAGUACUUUUUGGUACCAAAUUGUACUUUUCUUGUGCCAAAUAGUACUAUUUGGUACCAAAUACCACGAUUUUCAUUCUAAUAUUUUAGUGUUCUAGGUCAAUCCUUAUACCAAAUUUCACAUUUCCUGCUCCAUUCGUUAAGUGGUACUGGAAAAAGAACAAAUCGAACAGUUGUACGAAAAAUGGUACAUUUCGUACCUUUUUAGUACAAAAGUGUACGCUAUCCGCAACUUGUGGAUGCGCCCGGUAGCUAGCAGCUAAGCUUCUCGUGGCAGCAAUGAACACCACACAGAUCGGACCUCAAUGUUCCAGCCUAUCCCGUGCCGGGUAAAAGAAUAGUGACAAAGAUCUGUAAAAGCAUUUUCAUUUGUGGUAUUAAGUUCUUCACUGAGUGAAAAUUUGUAAAUCAUUAAAAGCGUGAUCGAAACGUUUUUCAACUUGAGCCAACAUGUUUUCGUUGUAUUUUCAUUCACUGUCGUCUGGACCGCAUCCUUGGCACACUUGUACCGAUUUCGAAUUUUAAAACAAUUUUGUUUAUAUUAUUAAUAAAUGUUAAGAGCUGAAACUUUAUGAUAUCCACAUGUGUGCUGUUUUAAAUGAAAUUGUGAAAUAAUUUAAUACUAGCUUUGAGCCGUUCGCGAAUGGGAGGUCUAAACAAAAAACUAUACCUCCAAGCACACAUUUGGUACAUUUUUAGCACUGCAUGUUGUAAUUAGAAGGUUUGCCAAUCGGUAGCAAUCUCCUAUGGUGAGAUGUAAAAAUGCCGUAGGGGGUGUUUUUAACACUUUUUAACACACAAAUUAACAUUGUGCUGUGCCGAACAGCAACUUUUUUACCAUACAAAUUUGUGAUAUUUCUGCCUGAGCAAAAACUAGAAAGCUAUUUUAAACAAUCAAAAUUUAUUGAUUGUCACUUGUUGAAAAACAAUUUUUCAGUAAACUUGCAAUAAGAACAUUUAAAUAUUUGGGCAUUGUUUUACAAUAAAAGUCUCUUAGAAUUAAUGAUUUUAUUGUACUAAGAUUUUAUUAACAUGUAAAAGCCAAAUGAUUGCUGAUGCCGACACCGCCCAACAAAUUUUUCACACAGAGGUUGCAAAUGUCUCAAAUAAAAACAUUUUGUUUUACCAAUUUCUUUCAACAGUGUAGCAUUUAUCAUCAAAUUUCAAAUGGCAAUGUGAAAAUAUAAUAUUUUUGACAAAAUCAUCAAUUAAUCAUAAACAAAAAAAAAAACAUGUGUGUGUAAGCGGCUAGAAAUCGCCGCUCGUAAAUUGAAUAAGACCUGCGUAUCUAUUCACAACUAGCAACAUGGAACUCUGCUUUAUAAGCAUCAAAAUUAGCUUUGCCUCUGUCAAACAUUUUACUAGUCCCUGGGUUACUCAAAAAUUAUUCACCACACUUAAUGUCAUAUUUUUACAAACCCUGCAACUUUGCUAUCAAUUGGCACACAGCCUUCUUUUGAAAUACAUGAUGUCCUUAUGUGUGUAGUUAUGAAUGAAAUUGCGGUAAAACAGAUGAUGGCAGGGUUGCCUAUAUGUUUUUUUUUGCAAAAAAAGCUUCUUUGAGGUUUCUACACGCAAAAAAUACAACGUUCAGGAUGUUUUUAGAACAAACAAAAUGCUGUUGGAACGAAAUUUCUCUUUUAUUCGCGUAUAACUACUGAGACGUUUGUGCUAGCCAAUGACAGCAAGGCAGUAGACCUCUUUAAGUCUAGAUUAGUCCACAUAGCUUUGGAAUUCUCACAGCCCCCUCUUUGUGAACGUCUAUCAUUCGUUGUCCUUCGGGCCUGGUCCCGAAAACAUGGCUUACAUGUCGCUAGAGGCAUACCCACAGAUUUCAGUUUCCCUGGAGUGUGUAGUUUGUUCCUACUCUCAUAAGCUCGUCUGCUUUAGAAUUCCCUGUAAUAUCUCUGUGGCCCGGCACCACCCAGAACAGGUAAAUUUUGAACUGUUCAGCCAUCUCGUUGAGAGUUCUGCGACAGUCGAGGGCGGGUUUUGUGUUCAGAAAUACGUUCUCCAGGGAUUUAAUGGCUGCCUGGCUGUCUGAGAAGAUAUUUAUGCCAAUCGUCGUAAUGACAUUAUAUCUUAGCCAUUGCACGACUUUCUUAAUUGCAAGGAUAUCUGCUUGAUACACACUGCAGUGGUCGGGUAACCUCUUCGAUAUGACCAGAUUCUAGAUCUUUAGAGUACACUCCAAAGCCCACCUGGUCGUCUAGUUUGGAACCAUCCGUAUAGAAGUCUAUGUAACUUCUAUUACCAGGGAUAUCGUAGUUCCAAUCGGUUCUAUCGGGAACUUUGCAAUUAAUUGAAGCGAAAUUUGUGUUGCCGCAGCGGAAUGUGUUCGCAUUUUCUCCGUCACCAUUUAUUUAUAGUGCGUUUUGACGCUGUUUGUCCUUAGAUGGUCUGAGGUCUAUUGAAGGGCCCUUUGUUUGAUACUAGGUUUAUAUUCUUCGAGAUCCAAAAAGAACAAAAUCUAGUGCAUAUUGUCCACUUUGCAGCUUGAUAUUGGAAGAAGUUCCAACAAUUUUUUUGUUGAGGUCAACUGUUCCUACCUGUUAAAUAUAUCUUGCUAGUAGCCAAGUUCGCGAGCAAUUAAUCACCUUUGUAAUUAAUUGAAGUGAAAUUUGUGUUGCCGCAGCGACAUGUUCUUCUGUGGAAUGUGUUCGUAUUUUUUCUGUCACAAUUUUUUUUAUAGUGCGUUUUGACGGCUGUUUCGGGCAAAAAGUCGAAGUACAAGGCUUACCUGUAGACCACAAAAAAAAAAGAAUUUGUAAUUUUUAACAAAAAGAUCCAUGCAAAAUAAAGAAUAAUUGAAUGAGAUGAGGUAUUUACCAGAUUAUACACAUAACUUAGAUCCUUAAAUGGUGUGAGGUCUAUUGAUGGGCCUAUUGUUCGACAUAUUCUUCGAGACCUAAAAAGAAAAAAAUCUAGUGCAUAUUGUCGACUUUGCAGCUUGUUAUGGGAAGAACUUCUAACAAUUUGCUGCAAUAACAAGGAACAGCUUUUGCCUCAGAGAAAUCGACAGCAGAUAUUCUUCAGCCUACUUUAUUUGUUAUUAUCACGACACAUUUUUCUAUGAGUGUAGAGAACAAUUAAUUUGCUUCUCUUUAUUUGUACGUAGAUGCCUUAGACUAAUGUGGUUUUGUUACUGAGGUUCUUGAGAAGUGUUUUCCAAAAUGGCUCAAGAUAAUAAGAUUUUUUAACUAAGCAACAAAAUAACAGAUUUGGGUAUAUUUACAUUACAUUAACCCUUGUCACAUAUAGUCUGUAUUAUGUAUUCCCUCCACACUUUUCAAAAAAGUAUUCUUUUUGCAAUUGAAAAAUUUGGCUAACAUUGUAAAGACAUUUUUUCACCACAACAACAAAAAAUAGUAUUCAAUAUAUUUAAGUUACAAUUGCAUUUGUGCCUUGUUCUUUUACUUCUUGUUCUACUUUUUCAUCUAUUUUUUUUUUCAAUUUUAAGAUACAACGAAAUAUUUAUUUUAAUUUAUUUAUUUUAUACACCAACAUAUGUGCGUAUACAUACCUAUAUGUAUACAUUUAUUUAUAUUCAAUCUUCCUAUCAACAAUACGAUUACAUUUAGUGACACAAAUUAAUAUAUAUUUGUUCGGUAUGUAUGUAAAGAAUUACAUUACCUAAAACUAGAGUUAUUAAUAUUAAAACUGUAUAUCUCGUAAACUAUUAUUAAUGAAUAACGAACAACCAACACAUUAAACAAUAAACGAGAGUACUAAAAAAUAAUGCAUACAUAUUUUCUGUAUUUGUUAAAAUUCGGUUUGUACUUCUUCAUAAAUAAUAGAAGAGUUGUAGAAAAUAAUCAAGUGAGGAUGGAACAAAGUUGGGCAAAGCCGUCCUUUGAUACCCUACACAACAUUGCGUAUGCAGUAUAAGUUGUCGAAAUAGAAAUUUGAUUUAAAUUAAAAUGUAAAAUUUCGACUAAAAUCCAUUGUUUCUCUUUCGAGACGAGCUCAAUGAUCGCAGAGUUUCUUUGCAAAUAGAAAAGGAAAACCAGAGAUUGCAUAGAAGAUUUUUCAACCAUAUUAGGGUGUGCGUUGGUAUGUUGUAUUUGAAUCGUAUUAAUUGCGAAAGCGCCUCUAUAAUACAAUUACCACAUUAACAACGUUCA